CGCAAAGGUGGUGGGACCGAGAGAAAGGCCUCCCUUGGUGAUCUUAAUUCCCAGACAGGCUCAUAGAGGGAGAUGCGGCCCUUGAGGUAGGAUAAAUCUGUAUGGUCCCUAGACAACUCUGCAAUACGACAGGUGCAGUCCUCACACUUCCCUUUAUUAGCACACCUGAUGCUGUUUUUAGGCCAAAGCUGAUCUCUCCCUCACACCUCCAUCUUAGAAAGAGGGUUCUCUUUUUCCCAAUUGGCUGAUCAUAAGUUUCCCUUUGACCUACUACCUAGGUAUCCUUUGGUUAAGAGAAAGGGAGAGGUGAGGCCUUGCGUUUUCAUUGGCUGCGACUUCUCCUGACUGUUUUCUGAUUGGAUGUGAAAGAAACCAGGGGAGCACCACAACGUGGGUGAUGUUGUGUUAGGUUCUGCAGCAAAGGAACAUGUCUGUCUGAAGAGAUUUUUUUCUCCCCUCUUUGGUGCAGGGAGAUUACGAUUCAACCUGCGCUCCUGUCCCCAUGUCAGUCUCAUGAGCCUGAGGUGACUUCAUUUAGAAAAAAUGAAACCUAAUCAGAGCUGCUGUCAGACACCUCACAGUGUCACUGUUCACAUAAAGUCAAAUGCCUCGUGUUCUUAUCACCAAAAAAAACCUCUUGGCCUUAAACGUCCUAAAUUUAAAGAUGACCAAAAGGACAAUGGAAAAAACAUUAUUGACAAUAAUAAACCAAAACGGCCAAAAGGUUCCUCUCUACUUAUUCAGCGCCAAGAAAUGACAGCUUUCUUCAAACUAUUUGAUGAUGAUUUAAUUCAAGAUUUCUUAUGGAUGGAUUGUUGCUGUAAAAUUGCAGACAAGUACCUUUUGGCAAUGACUUUCGUUUAUUUCAAGAGGGCUGGCUACAGUAUAAAGGAACACACUAGACUUAACUUCUUUGUUGCUCUAUACCUGGCAAAUACAGUUGAAGAAGACGAUGAAGAAUCAAAAUAUGAGAUUUUUCCAUGGGCAUUGGGAAAAUCCUGGAGAAAGCUCUUUCCAGAUUUCUUAGUUCUAAGGGAUGAACUCUGGAGCAAGAUGGACUACAGGGCUAUUGUAAGCAGACGCUGUUGUGAGGAGGUAAUGGCUAUUGCCUCAACCCAUUACAUAUGGCAGCGGGAACGUUCGCUCCAUCAUAGUGGAGCUACAAGAAACAAUAGACAUGAUGAAGUACAGUUACCUCGAGGACCUAAUGCCACACCUGAAGACUGUUUGCUUUGUGGGAAAAAAAGAAGGUUUGUCAGCCUGGGAUUAUCAUCUUCCUCCUCCAAUGGCACCAUGGAAAUGACAGAGCAACAUAUACCACAGGGAUUGAGAAACUCUUUCUCAGCUAAUAAAAUGUCUCUUGAACCACCUCCUCACUGUUGCUGCCAAGAUUGCAACAAACUACCCAACAAUGGAAAAAAGAAUAUCUGUACUGGUCAUGAUGAAUCAAUGAACUGGUUUACUGGAAACGAAGAAUGAAAAAAUAUUUCAGCCAACAAGUUUAUAAAUUAUAAG